AUGGCUCCAAUCCGAUUGAACGUAUUGGUUUAUACGGGUAGCGGCACCACUACUGAAUCUGUUAAGCAUGCCGUCUACACCCUACGCCGACUCCUGGCACCCAACUAUGCAGUGUCCACCAUAGAUGAGAAUGCCCUUCUCAAGGAGCCCUGGGGACCAACAUGUGCCAUGGUAGUGUUUCCUGGGGGUGCUGAUCUCAAGUAUUGCCAAGUCCUGAACGGUUCCGGCAAUGAUUCAAUCUCAACCUUUGUCCGCAGGGGAGGCCGUUACCUGGGUUUCUGUGCUGGCGGCUACUAUGGGUCUGGUCGCUGUGAGUUCGAGGUCGGAAGCAAAGAGGGCAUGGAGGUCAUUGGCUCCCGUGAGCUAGCCUUUUUCCCUGGGACCUGCCGUGGCAGUGCAUUCAAGGGUUUCAAGUAUCAUAGCGAGGCUGGUGCCAGGGCUGUCAAGCUGAGAAUAAACCGCAGCGAAUUUGCGGACCAGGCGACAGCCGGACUGCCGGACACCUUCCGCAGCUAUUAUAAUGGCGGUGGUGUGUUUGUGGACGCCGAAGCGAUGAAAUCGCAAAACAUCCAUGUUCUUGCAGAAUACGCCGAGGAUUUGGAUGUAGAUGGCGGUAGUGGAAAAGCCGCUAUUAUCCAUGUUCAAGUCAAGGAUGGGCAUGUCAUUCUGACUGGUCCACAUCCUGAGUUCGACCAGGCCCAACUAAAUGCUCCAAGACCAGAAGUCAAGGGCUAUGACAAGCUCAUUCUGGAUCUUGAGGCAGAUGAGCAAGCGCGCAUUGCAUUCCUCAGGGCUGCUCUGAUGAAAACAGGGCUCGAGGUGGUUCAAGACCCGGUGGGCACUGUCCCCUCUUUGUCAAGCCUACAUCUUUCCUCUGCCAACCACCAAGAAGUUGGUGACGUGCUAUACUCUUUAGGGAAUGUCCUUACUGAGCAAUCCGACGGAACAGAACUCAUCAAGGCGGAGAUCAAUUCGUUCCGCGUUGUGAACCCAUCUUCUACGAAAACGUGGGACAUGUCAAGCCUGAGCAACGCCGUGAACGAUAGCGAUCCCAAGCCAGACAAACGCGAGACUGAUAUCAACGAUCAACUGAUAGUGUUUGCCCAUGAAGAUUCUUGGCCUCAACACAAGGAAACACCACACUUUGACCAUGAGUUGUAUUACAGCAGUCUCAGCCGCUAUAGGAGAAAGGAGCGAGAUUCUCGUGACUGGGGAACCACUCUCAUGUACGGAGAAGUCGUGACCAGUACAAACACUAUGCUGGAGAAGAACCCAACCAUUCUCGGAAGUAUUCCCACUGGGUUCACCUUCACUGCGACAACACAGGUUUCCAGUAGAGGUCGAGGCAGCAAUGUUUGGAUAGCGCCACCGGGAUCGCUAAUGUUUUCCGUCCUAAUCAACCACCCUGGGCAUUUGAUGACAACCCGUCCAAUUGUGUUCAUACAGUACCUUGCAGCUGUUGCUAUUGUUGAAGCAAUUCAAGGCUACGACAAGGGAUACGAAAAGAUGCAAGUCAGGCUGAAGUGGCCUAAUGAUAUCUACUGCCGCGACCCAACCAAGCCCGAAGGCCCACCUCACUACGUCAAGAUAGGGGGUAUACUCGCCAAUUGUUCCUACAGUUCAGGUAACUAUCAAAUUGUGCUUGGGGUUGGCAUCAACACGAACAACUCCCGACCGACGACAUCGUUGCGCGCGCUCGCCGAGGCUGCAGGCUUGCCACCUCUGAAGCUGGAGCAACUCCUCGCCCGGAUCCUGACGCGCAUGGAGGCCAGAUACAACGGUUUUACUAUGAAGGGGUUCUCUGGUGAACUCGAGGGCGCAUACUACCGCCACUGGCUGCAUUCUGACCAGGUGGUCACACUCGAGAUGGAGGGCGGUGUGAGGGCCAAGAUCAGAGGGAUCACCAAGGACUGGGGGAUGCUGGUGGCCGAGGAGCUGGGGCUGGGAGACAGGACUACGGGUAGGACCUUUGCCUUGCAGAGUGACGAAAACAGCUUCGAUUAUUGGAGGGGGCUUGUGAAGCGGAAGAUCUGA